CGGAACACUAAAUUUAAUCCGUACUGGAGUGAAAUCAAAUUGAGGGUUUCGGUGGAAACUAGACCUGUGACUAUCAAUAUUGUGACAAAAGAGCACCAACCAAAUCAUAACAGCUGAUCGUUCUUAAUCGUACUGUUUGACAUUGUCGUCGACAGCAAGAUGGCGGCGGUGAGAGUGCAAUAAGACGUGAGCAAUUUUUGAUAAAUAUUGCCAAUUACGACGCUGUGCGCACGUGUCAUCGAUACUGAUUGACUUGUGUUUUCUCAGAUUGUUUGCUAAGAUGACUGCGGGUACCAGUUUGGUAGUACCUAUAGUGUUAUGGGGACGGAUAGCACCAACUCAUUGUAUUUCUUGUGUCUAUUUAUCUCGAGAUCAAAAGACAUUGGUCACAGGAUGUUACGACGGGCAAAUAUGUCUGUGGCAAGUGGAUCCAGAAACAUUGAAGAUGACUCCAAGAUGUCUGCUUGUUGGACACACAGCUCCAAUAAUGUGUCUCAGCCGAGCUAGCGUUGUAAUGGAACAAAAUUUCAUUGUCAGCAGCAGCGAGAGUGGUGAGAUGUGCACUUGGGAUCUGGUCGAUGGCAAGUGUCGCGAAGCUGUGAAACUCAACAACAUCCACACACAGAUGUUACCUUAUGUUUCCGCGAGCGGAGAAGAUGUUAAAUUGUUUUGCUCCGGAUAUUAUCCUGAGGUUCUGGUAAUGGAUCCCUUUAGUCUGGAAGUGCUGUUCACCUUGAGCUCUCGUGUAAAUCCGGAUUGGAUUAGCGCUUUGCACGUUUUGCGGCCGGCCAAACGGAAAGGUCGGUUCUACGUGCAUACAAACGACGUCGUGCUGGCUUUAACGACGACAGGCACGGUCAAAGUAUGGACACUCCUGGGACAUGAGAAUCGGAACAGCGAACCUUUAUACGAACACGAGAGUAAGCAGAUACGCUGCUUGAAUGCGCUCGCGAUGACCUGCUGUCCUUAUAAUCAAAGAACGGUACUCAUAGUGUGCUCUAAAUAUUGGCAGAUAUUCGAUGCCGGUGAUUUUUCGGUUCUCUGCUCGAUAACAGUACCACGUGGCGAACGUUGGAUGGCGGGUGAUUUCUUGGCUGCCGAUAGAGUCAUUUUGUGGAGCGACGAGGGUCACGGAUAUCUAUACAAGCUUCCAGCAAAGGUUCUGCCAGAAUUUGACAGCAAGCUGAAGGGCAAGGCUCUCAGCAGUAGCGUCGCGGAUAACAAGAACUUUCAUACCGCCAGUACCGAGCAAGAUCAGCCCUAUCUGUAUUGCACACUAACCCAACCCGGAGACAAGCCUCUUUCUUGCCCUCCGGCUAUGCGACUGGUCACUGUGCAACGUCAAAACAAGACUCUAAAGUAUUUGUUGCGCGGUGAUAGCGAGGGUGUUGUUAUCCUCUGGACAGUGCCAGAUGUGACGACGCAGCAACUCGCCCAGAUAUGUCAGAACGACGGGUCUUCUCCGCCCGCGUUACCGCCGACUGUAAAAACGAGUCUUACCGCUGCCUGGGACGCGAUGAAACCACCACCCGUGGGAAUACUCGAUCAGUUGGACUCAGGCGACGGUCAGGGUAUUAAACUCACCGCUUGCAUUUACUUACCGCAGCAGAGUCGGCUAGUCGUUGGUCGCGAAGACGGUAGUAUCAUCAUUGUUCCAGCGACGCAAACUGUGAUGCUUCAAUUGCUGCAUGGCAAUCAUCAGCAGUACGAUGAUUGGCCACCACAUCAAGUUCUUCUGGGUCACUCAGGACGAGUAAACUGUCUGCUUUAUCCACACGGCGCGGCAUCUCGCUACGAUCGCACUCAUCUCGUUUCCGGUGCUGUGGAUUUCGCUGUUUGUCUCUGGGAUUUAUACGCUGGCACAUUGAUCCACCGGUUUUGCGUUCACGCCGGCGAAAUCACACAACUAAUGGUGCCGCCUGAUAAUUGCAGUCCUAGAAUACAAAAGUGCGUUUGCAGUGUGGCGUCAGAUCACAGUGUCACAUUGCUCUCAUUAGCUGAGAGAAAAUGUGUCGUGCUUGCUUCGCGUCAUCUUUUCCCGGUGGUAACCAUCAAGUGGAGACCAUUGGAUGAUUUCAUGAUAGUUGGAUGUUCGGACGGUGCUGUGUACGUUUGGCAAAUGGAAACCGGUCAUUUGGAUCGCGUAUUGCACGGCAUUAUUGCGGAAGAGGUGCUCUACGCAUGUGAUGAAAACACUAUAGCUGCGGCAUGCGGAUCUGCUGGCGGCGGUGAAUUAGGACUAGCCAAUCCUGCUGUGCAUUUUUUUAGGGGUUUACGCCAUAGGAAUUUAUCGGCAAUUCGACACGCCACACAGAGAGGGCUGCAUCAGUUACAGCAGCUUCACGGCGGACAUGGUCCCGAUCAUGGUAAUCAAAUAAAAGCCAAAGGCUCGCCGUUAAUGAUUCAGGGAUUCAGGAGUAACCCGAAGGAUCCGGAGAGUCAUAUCUUGUUUUUCGACAUAGAAGCGUUAAUAGUACAAUUGCUCAGUGACGAGUACGGUUCCAUGUCGCCUGGCUCCUUGGAAGCGCAAGGACUUAUUUCUGCCGCUGAAUAUCAAAAAGUUGCAGCGCUCACUCAGUCUGCCAGUCCCGAUGCUCACAAGAAAAUAGUUGACUUUUUCGGUCGCGUCAAGGAUAAGGCAGGCGAUGUUGAACGAAUAUUGAAGGAGAAGGAUCGUCACGGUAUAUUGGCUAAGAUGAAGGAAGGUGCGGAGAAUGUGCAUACUAAAUUACAGGCCAAAGCAGAAAGCGUCGGUCUCAAGCCGUCGAAUGUCGACGGCAAAGGAGAAAAUUGGAAUAACACCGAUGCGACGAAAAACAAUUUGAAACGGAAUGGUGUGUUCAGCGAACCGAAUACAACAAUGGAGAUAGCACAGCUACUUUUGAGUCUUUUACACGCCUGGGGUAUGGACCCAGACUUGGAUCGAGUUUGCGAAGGAAAGUUGGGACUACUACGGCCUAUGGUUCCCGUUUCUUUCGGAGUACUAUCUAAGGGAGGCUACAUGUCAUUGCUGUUGCCAACUUGGCAAACACAACUUGAGCCGAUCGGCGAACCUGCGACACAAUUGGAGCAACGCCUACCGGCGGAAUUGGUCAGGCAAGAGAGGCUCACUAGAGCGUUCACAGCGAGAGCGCACUGGGAACUGUCGACGACUCUGACGAGCAAUCAUUUACUCGCGGUGGUCGCUUUAGCAAAUACCUUAAUGUCGAUGAAUAACGCAACGUUUGUACCUGAGCAAGAACGAAAUCGCAAAUUGCAUAGACCGGGUAAUAGAGGUGCAGUAAACUGGAACAAGACAGAAGAAGAAAACGAAGAAAUGUACACAGUGCAGCAAGCACAAAUUAAACAGGGUUGGUCACUUUUAGCGACAUUGCAUUGCGUAUUAUUACCUGAUAAAGUUGCGGCGCAGGGCGGUGCAAAAACAUUCAAGCGGCCGCAAGUAGAAAUGAUGGCACGAAGAUGGCAACAUCAGUGCGUUGAGAUUCGAGAAGCAGCGCAAGCUUUAUUACUCGCCGAAUUAGGCAGAAUGGGCACGAAAGGACGCAAAGCGCUUGUUGACAACUGGUCACAGUAUUUACCGAUGUACAGCACUCAGGAACCUAUUGCGCCGCAAGCGCAAAAUCAAAAUUCGCCAGCACCCGGAAGCCCAGUGCCAUCUGCAGAAUCGCAACCAGAAGAAGAAUACGAAGAAGAGGAAUUAGCUGAAGCAGAAAGUAUAGCUAGAAAGCCAUCAAGUGUAGCAGAAUUGAAACGAAAGCAGACCACGGCGGUCGUAUUAUUGGGCGUGAUAGGGGCUGAAUUUGGCCAAGAUGUGGCUACAAGCAAUCAAAAAAGGGACAACGAACAAAGACGGAAGAGCUCGAUCGUGGAAGGUUUUGGCAUAGGAAAUAACAAUCUUGCUAGACACACUAGCAUGGCACUCACUCAUUUGUUGCACGCACCUCAUUCUCCUAAGCUACCGAUGCACACGGCGCUACGAAGAGCCGCGAUCGAUCUUAUUGGCAGGGGAUUCACCGUGUGGGAACCUUAUCUCGAUGUAUCAAAGGUUUUAUUAGGCCUAUUGGAAAUGUGCUGCGACGCGGACAAGUUAGUGCCGAGUCUUACAUACGGCCUUCCUCUUACACCACAAGCUGACACAUGUCGCACAGCGCGUCACGCCUUGACGUUAAUCGCCACCGCUAGACCAGCUGCUUUUAUCACUACAAUGGCUCGCGAAGUAGCCAGGUUCAACACUCUUCAACAAAAUGCUCAGACUUUGAACGUCAAUCUUGGCGCGAGUGUUCUAACCAGAGCAAAGCCAGAGAUUCUCAGGAUUGUUGAGCAAUUAAUCGACAAGAUGCAAAGCGAAAUGAGCGAUCUACUUGUAGAGGUCAUGGACAUCAUCUUACAUUGCUUAGAUCCAGGUCAUUUAAAAAUGAAGCCCUUGAACGAAGUAUUUCCGGCAGUGUGUAGAUUCAAUCAGGUCAGUCAUUGUCCAGCAACGCGCAGGAUAGCAGUUGGUGGUCGCAAUGGGCAGCUCGCAUUGUAUGAAUUGCGAGGCAAUGUCAAAUGCCAAACCGUUCCUGCCCACUCGGCACCGGUCACUGCAUUAGCGUUCUCACCGGAAGGGAAGUUCCUCGUUAGUUAUUCUUGUUCCGAGAACAAGCUCUGUUUUUGGCAGCAAACCAGCAGCGGUAUGUUCGGUCUGGGUAACUCACAGACUCGCUGCGUGAAAUCUUACAGCACCGCGCCAAUCAACGACGUAGCCCGGUUGAACCCGAUGCGCUUAGCUCGUCUAAUUUGGAUUAACAAUCGCACAGUUACCCUAAUGCUCGCCGACGGCUCGGAGACACGUUUCAAUGUUUGAACGUUAGGCGCAGUUCGAUUGGCGACAAUCUUAUUUCACAAAGCCGAAAUAAAUUCGCUCGUCAUUCAGCGCCAACGCGCAUUAAGCCUUAUACAAUGCCUCUUCAUUAGCAAGUUUUUUACAGGAGUGCUAAAAAUAGUAACAGUAAGUAGCAAUACUCUUUCUAACAGCAACAAACUGGCUUGACAGCACUCGAAGUUGAGUAAAUGAUGCCAUUUAUGUAUCAAUAGAUUUAUUUUCAAACUUAAAACUGUAUUAGUUUUAGUCAGAAGAAUAUUGUAUGAUCCAAGGCUCGAGCGCUGAUUAUUUAUUGAAGUUUUUCUUCUCUGUUUAUAUAAUAUAAUAUUGAUAGCAAAAUGUAAUUUAGAAAGUUAGCUGUUAUCAAAGCUGUUGGUGUGACUUUAAUCAAAGUAUCUCGCGCGUCUUAACCAGGAGCAUCAUUUGCUGAUUUCAGCACGCUCAUUGGUACUUAAUUGAAUAUUAUACUACUAGUAUUUAAAUGAUCACAUACUUUACGCUGUGUAUGUUUUAUUACAUAUAAUCGUUAUAUGUAGUUGUCCAGUUCUAAUCUUUUACCCGAUUUUUAUUCUAUUAUUAGACAAACAACAAAGAGCUAGACAGUCAUAUUUAGUUGAGUGCACGGUAAAAACACAUUAUUGAUAAUUGCUUCUCACGCGAACUAUGCAAAGUCCAAAAGAUUAGAGGACAUGAAUUCUGUUCCUAAUACCGAUUUUCCGAGAGUUUGAGACAUUUCUAAGAUGUAUUCCGUUGCACAAAAGAGAAAAAUUUUAGUUUUAUUAAAGAUCGGAUAUUUUUUGUCAUACUUAAAUACUCUACUACGAUAAAAAGAAGAAUAGUCAUUUUUCUGAACUUUGAUGUUACAAGAAGUGAAAAAUAUUUCGUAUAUAGAUGUUGUUAUUUUUAUGUUAUAAAUAUUGUUUGAAAACGCAACUGCAAUAUUUUUGGAGGAAUUAAACUUAUAUGUUUCAUGCUUUUCUCUUUCUCUCUCUUUUGAUCUUGAAUUCCCCAAAGAGAGAUCUUUGGACUUUGGCCGCACAUUUCUCAAAGGAACAUUUAUGAAAGAAUCGGUCAGUAAAAAUCAUUAUUUUAAUCAUACAUUUUUCACGCGACUUUAGUAAAUAUAAAGUGAAUAAAAGAAAUAGUAGAAAAAUGUAGCUAAAAUUAAUAAUAAAGCACAAUAGAGCCAACUUUUUUUUAUUAUUCUCUAUUAAGAAACUCUAUUGUGUCUAAUAACUGUCGUGUCUUCACAAAUAUUCUAUGAUUGACAAAACCUUCGAUAUUAAAAGUAUUUAUUUCAUUUCUUAGAAUAAAAGAGAAAACAAGAGAGUUGCUUUUCAAAAUCAACCCUGAUAGCCACUUGUCCGUGUUUUUGCUGUCAUGUUGCCGAAAACAAAGCGCUUGAGUUUUCAGCAAACUUAGAACAAGAUGAGUAACAUUUGCCUUUGGUUUGACAUCAGACGUACUGAACAUGUGUUGCUGACAACUUGCAGUGUAUUUGCUGUUAACGGUUUAGCACUAACAUAAAGAGCAACAUGACAACAUGUUGCUAACAACACGUGCCGAGUCAUAAAUUUUAGCAAAAAUGCAAUAUGUCGAAAACGGAUGAAUAUAUGUAUUUAAUGGCACAUCGCCUUGUGAGAGGAGAAUUAAUUUGAGAUUUCACUUGAAUUAAUCUUUGGAGGCUUGAUUCAGUUCGCCGAUCAAUUGAUUAACUUGAUGAAAAGUACCGGGCCCGGAAAAAAUCCUAAAGAUGAUGGGAUUUGAAUUUGAGACCUCCAUAUUCGUAGCCGCUACUUAGACUGCGAGACUACUUGUUUCUUACUAACAAUAAGAUGUAAUUAUGUUUAUCUACUUUAUCUCAAGCUAUCCUGCAUAUUUCAUUUAUUAUUGAAAGUACUAUUUUAUUAAAAAUACUGCAUUGCAAUGUACCUGCAACAAUGUACAAAAAUCUUUAUCUUAUUAUUAUGAAAUAAACUUUAAAAAUGCACUAAACAUAGUAUUAAUGUACUCUAAAUAUAA